UUUGUUAGUUUGACAACUUCCGACGUUGGUGUCACGCUAGUCUGACUCUAAAUCACAUAGCCAAAUGGAAAGUUGAGAAUAAUUGGCUGAGGGCAGUUUAAAAGGAAGGCUGACGGUCUGUCUGUCUGGUUGUGUUUGGUGUCGGUCGCUGAAUCGCAGAGGGAGACGAUGGCGAACAGGAUAGAGGGGUUCAACUUUGAGCAGAGGCAUGGGAAGCAAAGGGUCAGGGUGGCGAGGGUCUGGCGGAACAUCGACGGACGCCAUACCAUCGUUGAAUGGAACGUCGGCAUCAGCCUCCUCUCCGAUUGCGUCUCUGCCUACACCCGCGACGACAACUCUGAUAUCGUUGCUACCGAUACCAUGAAGAACACUGUGUAUGUUAAGGCAAAGGAAUGUAAAGAAGAACUUUCAGUGGAGGAAUUUGCAGUUCGACUUGCUAAGCACUUCACAUCUGUUUACCAGCAGGUCACUACUGCCAUAGUAAGGAUUGUGGAGAAGCCAUGGGAGCGUGCAUAUGUAGACGGUCAACCACAUGAACAUGGUUUCAAAUUAGGAUCCGAGAAGCGUACAACAGAGGUAAUUUUAAAGAAAUCUGGUGCACUGCGGGUGACUUCUGGGAUUGAAGGACUAUCUCUGCUAAAGACAACAAAGUCAGGUUUUGAGGGGUUUAUUAGGGACAAAUACACAGCUCUUCCUGACACACGAGAGAGGAUUCUGGCUACAGAGAUCACUGCAUCAUGGAAGUACCAAUAUGAAUCCAUAUUUAGCAUCCCUCAAAAGACGCUGUACUUCACUGAAAGAUACCUGAGUGUGAAAAAAGCUCUGGCUGACACUUUCUAUGGUCCUCCAAAGGAAGGAGUAUACAGCCCGUCUGUCCAAAGCACUCUUUAUCACAUGGCAAAGACUGUUCUCAAUGGGUUUCCUGACAUAGAAGCAGUACAACUGAAAAUGCCAAAUAUCCAUUUCUUACCUGUUAAUCUAUCUAACAAGGAUAAUACUAUUGUGAAGUUUGAGGACGAUGUUUAUCUUCCAACAGAUGAGCCACACGGAUCAAUAGAAGCUACUCUAAGCCGUUUCUGGUCAAAGAUGUAGUUCUCGCCAUUUCUGUACUUGUAAGCUUUUAAAGAUACAGAAACAGUUCGUUCGACGUUUGAAGCUAUAAGCUUAACUCUUCCUGUAAAGUAGAAAGUAUUUCUGAAGAAGACUAAGUCCGACCUCAAGAAUGUCUGGAGGUUUAGAACUGAUGCAACUGUAAAAUAGAAAUAAGAGUGUGGAUAUGAAGAAUAAUGUUUGGAAGUCUGAAACAACUGAAAAUCUAGAGUUUAAUUCUACA